CGAGUUAAUGAGUUCCGCUUGCUUUUUUAUUUGCAUGUACUGGCCGAUAUAGGAGUGGUACGAUGUGGGAGUAAAGAUCACCUUACUUGCUCUUGCUAGCGGGAAUUUCUAUCCAGCCGAGUGGUAAAUGUGUAGAGUAUAUAUCACCUCAGUAGACCUGAUAACAAAAUGACGGGGAAACUCGAGUAUAUCAGCCCUACCAUACAGGAGUGUAAAAAAGAUAAGAUAGCAGCUUUCCUUGGAGAGAAUGGUUUUAUAAAGACGAUCUGGUACCUAGUGGAUAAGGUUUGGGACGAGAAAACUGUCUCAGAAGCCGAUCGAGUAUUGAAAACCCGGGAUGAAAACCACCCGUUAUAUCAACUUCUUUUCAAAGAGUACAAUGCAGAAGAACAUUUUAGACAAGUGGAUUCUCAUAAAGAGUGGAUCAUAAAAGCAUACGAGCGUUUAAAAGACUAUGUCCCCAACAUGACAAUGGAGGAUGCCAGACAGCACGAUCAAAGUAAAUAUGACUUUGUACAGGUCGUAGGCUACACAGCUAAGUGGGUACAUAACGUUGACUGGAACAAUGAGACAUGGCAGGCGUCCCUGAAUGAUCAUUACAGGCGUGAACGCCACCAUCCCGAGUUCUACCCAAAAGGUCAAAGGAUGCCCCGGAAGUACUUGGAAGAGAGCCUUAUCGACAUGGUUGCUAGCCGAUGGGAAAGACAGUUAAAAGGGAAUGGAAAGGUUUCAAAUUCAGAACUGGUUGGUUUUGAUUGCAAAUAUUUAUUAAGAUACUGCGAAGGAGACAUUGAGAAUGUGCAAGCUUUGAUAAAUAAAAUCAUUCAGGAUGACUACAUAGAAAAUCAAACCUCGAAAUAGAUACUAAGAAUCGUGAAGGGAUGCGAUUCGGAUGGCUAGCAAAGAAACUCUGUAAUCAAUUUUGUAUUCGUACGAGAGUGUGUGGGUCCCAGAUACCAUCACACUUGAUAACUCUAGGACAUGGAUCCCGAUACACCUUCUAUCAAUUACGAAUGAUUGGGCAGGGCAUCCAGGAGCAUUACCAUUUGUGUGACUUUCAGAUUCUGGAUAAUGAAACCUGGGAGUGUUUAAAGCCGAUAUUCCAUUAUCAAGACGCCAUUUAAACACGCAAAAGUUAACGAUAUGAGUAAAUAUGACAUUUUCAAGGCGAGCGGUUUCACUGCAAAGCUAGUUCCCAUUGCCGAUUGGAACUACGAUACAUAGGGACGCUUAUACUUCGAACGAUAUCUAUGCAAAAAAUGCGCGUGCAUUAUUACCUAAAAGGGACAGAUACCAUUGAAGAAAGUCUUGUCGAUAAAAGUGUAUGCGGAUGGGAGCGACAUUUGAAAUACUAGACAGAAGAUGGGUGCGUUCUGGUAGAUUUUCAUACAUACCGCAGCCUCCCAAACACACAUACGCACUCACUACACACAUGCAUGUCGCACGCACGGGAGGCCGUCCUUAAAUGACCUUGGCUGUUGGUGGGACGUUGGACUAAAUAAGCCAAGCCAAAGUGAUGCCGAGAAUCUGAUAUAACUGAUGAGAAGUAUCCAAAGCAAUCCCCUGGACUGUGCAUGAUAACACCUUGAAUGUAUAUAUUUUAUAAGCCAAAAGGUGCAGUUUAGCAAGAAAACAAGAUAACAAGACAAUUGUAACGAACAUUGAAUACCUGAUUGUGGAAUUGCCAUGUAAGGUGAAAUAGAAAACAUUGUUAUUGGUAUCCAAGAGCAUUCGCUGAAAUUCAAAAAAAACUGUACUGAUAAAAAGGUUUACUGAGCAUUGAGACACAUUCAUUAAAUAUUUGAUAUUUGACCGGAAAUCAAACAGUUUUGAAUAUAUUGCUUCAUAUGAAAAUGUACAAUUUCAUAGAAAUAUUUUGGUUAUACAUUUUAAUAAGUGCGAAUCACAUUGGCAUCAUGUAUAAAUCGGUGAUUUAUAUAAGAUACCUAUUUUAUGAUUGAUAAUUGAAACGCAUACUUUUGAUAUAAGUACGGUCCGAAGGUCGUUGGUUUUUCUCCGGGUACUCCGGCUUUCCUCCACCUUCAAAACCAGGCACGUCCUCAAAUGACCCUGGCCGUUAAUAGGACGUUAAACAAAAUAAACCAAACCAAAACCAAAAUCUUAAUGGCCAAUCAAUAACGAAAAGACAAGUAUUACCAAUAAAUUGUGAAAAAUUGGGUAUCAAUUGGCUUUUCAAGCAACAUAAAUAAAAGAAUCAAAAUA